GUGAAUUUCAAUGCGAUGAUUGUCAAAAAGAAUUUAAAAAAUUAUCAAAAUUGAAUGAGCAUAUGAGAACACACAAUGGUGAGAAACCAUUUGAAUGUGAAAUAUGUAAACUUAGAUUUACAAGAGAGCAUCAUCUGAAUGCACAUUCACGCACUCAUAAAUCAGAAGAUGAAAAACCAUUCAGUUGUGAUAUUUGUCACAAGAAAUUCUGGACAAAUCAACAUUUACAGCGACAUCUAAAGACACACACGAGUAGUUGCAUAUGUGAAAUAUGUAAUAAGGGUUUUCCAAAGCAGUUCCAAUUGCGGAAUCACAUGGCAGAAGAGCACCAUCCAUCCGGUACAUUACCUUUUAUAUGCACACAUCCAGGAUGCGAUAAAUCUUUCGUUAGUAAACCUAAAUUAGACAGACACGCGAGGGUACAUCAAUCUGAUAGAUACUCCUGUGGACAUCCUGAAUGCCUUCACUUGACAUUCUCAAAAUGGACCGAAUUACAGGCACAUAUAAAACAAUCACAUAAAGCUACAUGUCCUUAUCCAGAUUGCCGGAAAGUUUUUUCAGACAGACACAACCUUAAUUCUCAUUUAAAGUUACAUGAGCAAAGGGAGAUAGAGAAACAAAUAGGUAUUGAGGAUGAGUCUGCAAAAAUACGAGGGGGUAUCAUAGGUAGAGACUAUAAAUGUGAAGUUGAAGGUUGCGAUAAAGCGUUCAAAUCACAGAAGUCGCUAAAUGUUCACGUAAACACAACCCAUCUGAAUAUAAGACCAUUCCAGUGUGACUCAUGUGAAAAGGCAUUUGGUCAUAAGCAUUUAUUGGCUCGACAUAUGAAAGUACACAAAAAGGAGGAGGAAACGGUCGAUAAGACCGAAGAUAAAAUGACAGUUGAGGAAUUCACAGGUGUUGCUUACCAGAAACGUACCAUCAGUUGUCCGUAUCUGAAAAUAUUAGAGCUAGAUAAUCUCCCUCAUUGUCCAUUCAAGUAUACUCGAAGAUACGAUCUCCGUAGACACUUGAAAGCCCAACAUGGUAUCGACUUCACAAAGCAAGAGCUUAACUAUUGGUUGGAUGGACACGUCGAAGAAGAUAGUGAAGAGGGGGGCGAUGAUGAAGUACCUGAGACUCAUGAAGAUAUUAUAGAAUGAGAUAAUUUGCAUUAAUUUAUUUAUUCAACGUUUUGUAUUAUAC